CACGAGCUGUGUGAUAAUUUCUGUCACCGGUACAUCAGCUGCUUGAAAGGAAAGAUGCCCAUCGACUUGGUCAUAGACGACAGAGAGGGCGGGUCCAAAUCAGACAGCGAGGAAAUCACAAGAUCGGUGGCCCUAGAUCAGACGUCCUGGAACAGAGACCAUGACGACACGGCGUCCACGCGCUCCGGAGGCACGCCGGGGCCGUCCAGCGGCGGCCACACGUCGCACAGCGGCGACAACAGCAGCGAACAAGGUGAUGGCCUGGACAACAGCGUGGCUUCGCCGAGCACAGGGGACGACGAUGACCCGGAUAAAGAAAAGAAACGCAACAAGAAGAGAGGGAUUUUCCCAAAGGUGGCCACCAACAUCAUGAGAGCGUGGCUCUUCCAGCACCUAACACAUCCGUACCCGUCAGAAGAACAGAAGAAACAGCUGGCACAAGACACAGGCCUCACCAUCCUACAAGUGAACAACUGGUUCAUUAACGCAAGGAGGAGAAUAGUGCAGCCCAUGAUCGACCAGUCAAACCGUGCAGUAAGUCAAGGAGCUCCCUACAAUCCAGAUGGCCAGCCGAUGGGGGGCUUCGUCAUGGACGGCCAGCAGCACAUGGGAAUCAGACCACCUGGACCGAUGGGUGGGAUGGGCAUGAACAUGGGCAUGGAAGGUCAGUGGCACUACAUGUAGCCCAACCCCAGUCGUGCCAAUCACAACACAAAGGAGGAUACCUGCAGGGCAAACCAGAGGACCGCGUCUCUAACAGUGGCCUGUGGAGCUUGGGAACGGGACUUCCUGACUUUCCGACAACAACCAUCAGCAAACCCUUCUGCUUACCUCGAAGACCUUGCGACAUUCUAUUCGGCUAACAUCUGCGACACAGAGUCCCUCCGUGGCUGCGUACGAACCCUCGGCCGUGUUUCCAGCAGAGGCGACGUGCAGAAUAUCGAGCUCCGCCUGAGCCGGAUGACCCGACGUCCCGACAGACUCCCGCGCCUCCUCUGGUGGGCACAUGAAUCCUCCGCCCUUGCAGCUGCCCACAAGGAUCACAUGGAUUCCUCCGUCAACGUGAUUGUGAUUGCGAGCAUAGAUGACACACGAGAGACACAGUGGGUCAUUUGCCUGUACCUUUGGUGAAUGUGGCACCUGAUGAUUUAAUCUCGACUCUCUGGCAAAGCAAAAGAGACUUCCUGCGAGGAGCACUCCACUCUUUGGGACGAUGGGAUUGGACCAAAGAGAAGCCAAUGUCUGUAUGUGUCAGGACACUAACAAAGCAAAACAGGUGCCCUUUAAAAAAUAUAGCGGAUUGAAAGCUGGAAGGAGGGAACGCGAGAGAAAAGAAAUUAAAAGUAUAACUAUAUCAACCCCUAGUUUGGGAGGCAAGUGGAGAAAGAAAAUAUACUGUAUACUGUUGUAAAAUUACGCUGGACUCUCACAAGAACUGGGAAUUUAAGUAUUGUAAAUGCUAUUGUAUUGUUCUGCAUAUUAUGUUGUUUCUAAUAGAUUUUUUUUAAAAAAAGGAUGUGAACUUUUUUCUCUUUUUUUCUGGUUUCUUUCCACACUGUGUGUGUGUGUGUGUGUGUGUGUGUGUGUGUGUCUGCGUGUGUAUGCGUGCGUGCGUGUGCGUGUGUGUGUGCGUGCGUGCCAUCUCUCCAUCAGAAUUGACCUCUUGCCCCUCCCUCCAUUGAAUCACAAUGCAUUUUUAAAAGAAGAAAGUGAAUAAAUGAACAAUUCUAUCAGUCAGUCAUUUCUCGCAGGCCUUUUUUGGGGCGGGGGGGUUUAAAAGUGAGUGUGACGGUUUCCUCAAAUAUCCUUUUCUUUUUCGAUCAUUCAGUACAACCAGCCCCCUCAAGUACCUGCUGGUUGUGGCUGCGAUUGCGUCUCUGUUGCUUUGUCUGCACCUUGUAACUCCAACUUUGCUCAUGUUUCGUGCGUUCAUAUCGUUUCAUUAAACACUCCCAAUACUGGUGCAAAGUUUUAUUUACUUAUUGGGAGAUCUGGCUAUGUCAGAUCAAGUUUUUUGAAAACUCCAAACACACAAACCUCAAGCUAAGUUUCUUAAAGGAAAUAGUUUGGACAUAAAAAAAAAAAAAAAAUACAUUUGGUACUAUCCUUAUUUUCCACUUUUUUAAUUCACUAUCUACUGGAGAGCCGACACUCAAUCUAGAUGUCAACAUGGCUAACAA